AUGGAUGUUGGAGGACCAUUGCUGGUGCAUAAGGAAUCAGUGAUGUUUGAAGAUAUAGCUGUAGACUUUGCCAAGAAAGAGUGGGUCUUGCUGGACACAUCCCAGAGAAAGCUGUACAGAGAUGUGAUGCAGGAAAGUAUCAAUCAUCUGAUCUCUGUGGGUGAGUCUGUCAACAUGGGUGUAUCUCGUGAAUGUAAUCUAUGUGGGAAAGCCUUUAAUAAUUUGUUUAGCCUUAGAUCACACAAGAUGAUUCACAGUGGAGAGAAACCAUAUAAAUGUCAUCUGUGUGGGAAAGUCUUCAGUCAAAGUUCUUACCUCAGACAACAUGAGAAAACUCACACAGGAGAGAAGCCAUACGAAUGCCAUCUAUGUGAAAAAGCUUUCAGCCAAAGUUCUUACCUUAGAAAACAUGAGAGAAUUCAUCCUGGAGAGAAUCAUUAUGAAUUUCGUCAGUGUGGAAAAGCCUUUAGUCAAAGCUCUGGCCUUAGCCAGCACAAGAGAAUCCACACAGGAGAGGAACCACAUACAUGUCUUCUACGUGGGAAGGACUUCUGUCAAAGUUCUGAAUUUAGACGGCAUAACAGAACACACUCAGGAGAAAAACCAUAUGUGUGUCAUCAGUGUGGGAACACCUUCAGUCAAUAUUCUAAUCUUAGAUGACAUGAGAGAACCCACACUGGAGAGCAACCAUAUGAAUGCCAGCUAUGUGGGAAGUUCUUCAAUCAUCGUUCUUCCCUUAGACGACAUGAGGAAACCCAACACUGA